AUGAAAACUUGCCGUGUUUUGCAGUUCUUUCUGCGGUUAAGUUUUGUGCUUGCGGUCUGGUUUCUCGCUGUUCCUUUUGUUCCAUUUUGGCAAUGUCGAUUGGCUUUUGUGCGGAGUUUUGGUGAAGCUCAGAGCUUGUUCUUAAGCCACAUCUCCACCACAGUAAUCCUCACUGAUUGUUUGCACGGGCUCUUACUAUCAUCUAGUAUUUGCUUCAUUUUGCUUGGAGCAAUUUCAUUGUGGGAUUACUUUAGGCGUUUGAGAGAGUUGGGAGGACAAGAAGAGAGAGAAGAUGAAGGGGAGAGAAAUGGUGCUCAUGCUGCAAGAAGGCCUGCUGGCCAGGCUAAUAGGAAUCUUGCGGGAGAGGGGAAUGGCACAUAA